CUUAUAGUUUUUAUUGAGGAAUUAUGGGACUAAAAAAAAAGAGUAUUUAAGCCCAAUAUAUCUUGCGACUGAAGACAGUAGGUUGAGGAUAGGACCUGUCAGUGCACUGUCACUCUGUGAGGGCGGCUCUGGCUAGGCUAAUUCAUUUUCUUAUUUUCCGAUUUUUCGACGAAAACAAGCAGCAAACUAACGACUUCUUGUGAUUUUGUACUUUAAAUUAGGGUUUAGUAGUUUUUAGACAAACAAUGAAUGAACUGCCGUGUAGCAAAAACGAUUUAAGCGUCAAUUUUGAGCUGAAAACUAAGCUAAGCUAGCGUUAGCUAACAGGCUAACGAAAUUCACUUUUACCUCAAAAACUGACCAAAGCGCGAGAGGCGCGAAAUUCCCGCCUCACUAACUAACUAACUAGCCGGCUUUCUAACUAGCUAAGCUAACGCUAGCCUAGCUUAGGUUCAUUUUUUGUGGUAAAACCCGUUUUUACACCAAUAAUGGAGUUAACCUGUUACGAAAAUAACGAGUUUUUGAGCAGCUCGGAACCUCCCACACCCUGCGGGCCGGUUCGGGCCUAUUCCGACCCGGUUCUGACCCGGGAUAACCGGGCCUGGAGGAACAUGCAGGUCUCGGAGAAAGCCGACCCUCCCUCAGGGUCUUAUUUCGGGACCGUACAGACCAGCGUACGGCCCAGCAUGCGGAGAAUAUUAGCGGUGUGGAUGCUGCAGGUGUGUGAGGAGCAGCGCUGCGAGGAGGAAGUGUUUCCAUUGGCCGUUCGCUAUCUGGACAGGUACAUGUCCCUCCACCCCGUGGACACACACGGCCUGCAGCUGCUCGGGACCGUCUGCAUGUUCCUGGCCUCCAAACUCAGAGAAGCCGUUCCGCUGAGUGCCACCAAACUGUGUAUCUACACCGACAACUCUGUCUCCCUGUCGCAGCUGCUGCAGUGGGAGAUUUUGGUGGUGUCCCGUCUGAACUGGAACCUGGCCCUAGUGGUGCCUUCUGAUUUCCUAGAACCUCUAUUGCACGGACUACCCAUAAUUCCUCACAACCUGCCAGCUCUGCGCAGACACGUCCACUCGUACAUUGCACUCUCUGCAACAGAGUUCACAUUUUCGACGUACCUGCCUUCCAUUAUUGCCUGUAGCUGUGUGGCUGCUGCUAUUCUCCGUCUCAAUCUGCUGGAUGGAGCUCUAUCCUGGAAUACACUUUUGAAGCUAAUGGCUAAUAUCCUGGAAGUGGACCUGGACUCUCUGCAUAACUGCUAUGCUGCAUUGGAAACCACUUUAGACCUUAACCUGCCCCACCUCCCCAACAUUGAAGUCACCUGCAGGAAAGGAUCACCUGGCACUGAGGUCACAAACACACCUGUAAAUGUUUAGGAGCUCAAACUGCCCCCUUUGUGCUCUAGGUCUGCACUUAGAAACCCAGAGACAUGUUUGGAAGAGAAACAUCAUAAAUAAAUUAAACUUAUGCUCUAUAUUCAGAGUGCAGAUGCACCAGAGUAUGAGCUUUAAUACAAUUUGUGCUACAUCCUGAAUUGUAUUGUUCAUACCUCUUCAACAAACAUGUUCUUUCUGAUUCUGUUGAGGUUGGUCAAGCUUUAUAGAUUGCUGGUAAAAAAAAAUAAAAAUAAUAAUCUGACUAACAGCUAAACGGCUGUUCAGGUGCAGUUUAAUCUGAUUAAUUACCCAGAAAUUAUCAUAGCUAUGAACAAACACUGUCUAUGCUGCGGCUAAAUGCUUAAAGCAGUUUGCACAUUGAAGGAUAAUAAAUUCUAUAACUGUGGUUUUAAAAUUAAAUUAUGCCAUUGAUAUACUGUUGUAGUGUACAUGAUGCAGUUUCAGAGUGCAAUGAAUUUCCCAUUUUAAUUAUUAGGAAGGUUUAGAAAUUGAAGCUGGAAUAGAAACGUUUUUAAACAUCACACAUUUAUACUACAUAAACACAAUGGACAAUAUUGUGUUAGAAUAAAAAAAACAAAAACUCAUUAGUGUUAAUAUUAGUAACACUCAGUGAUAUACACUGAGUUGAAGCUAGUCUCUAAUAGGGUCGUUGAUUGGUAUUGUUAUUAGUUAACAGGUAUACCAGUGUCUUCAAAGCUUGUCUAACCUUAACAGUAGUCAUAUAGUCACAUAUAUGUGGGCGAAAUAUGGAUAAAUCAUCUGCAAAAGUCUGCAACAGACCAAAUCAACUAAAUAUUAUCUUUGUUUAUCGUUACCUGUUCAAGGUAGUCUAGUUUAACUUACAAGAUUUUACCAAUUAUAAAGAAAGGGUUAGAAAAUGAAAUGUUUACCAAGUUACAGGUGAUUUUCCACCCUGCUGAUGUUUUUUGCACUGAAGAAAAAUCAUUUGUUACUUCAACCUUUGCACUUUAACUCCUGCAAGAACGCUGCUUCAAAACAUCACUUUUAAGAUGUGUUACAUGACGAAAGAAUGUUCCAGAAAUGUUCUAGCUCUCAUUCUCUUGCUGCUGCUUGCUUGAUUGCAUAAUGCACGUUCUUCACACGGAAAAUAAAAAUAUUUUCAGAA